CACCCUCUCCCACUCUCACUCUCUCCUCUUUAUCAAAUGCCAGUAAUUUUAGCAAAACACACACACACACAUUAUUACAAGAGGGAGUGAGACAGAGAGAGAGAGAGCCCGGUCUUCUUCUUCUUCUUCUUCUUCUUCUUCUGCAUCAUCCGAGCAUCCUGUAAAUUAUUGGGGGGAGGAGGAGGAAGAAGGAAGUCCCGCUGCACAUAUCCAUCCAUCCCACUUCCAUUCCAUUGCCCCCCUUGAGGAGGAAGACGAGAAGGUUGCUUUGGGGCGUAGUUUGUUGUCAAUCGGGUUCAUCGCCCUCUCAGCUUCAGAUCCGUGCGCGGAAAUCGCUGUGAGGCGUCUUUGGUGGGAACCCUGACGACGUUUGGAAACCGGGGUUGUCUGUCACCUGAAGGAGGGUGCAUUUGUCGGGUUGACGUUGUCUGUGCGCGUUCCGAAAGGGUUUGAUGUAGGGAAGAAUGAUGAUGGUGAUGAGGUAGAAGGAAACAUUCAUGAGAGGGCUGGCAUUGGUGCUGCUUUGGCAAGUUCAAGCUUGUUGAUCGAGAUCUGGACUCGUAACUUGGCACGAUGCUGAAGUUUUUGAAAGGCGUGGUUGGGUCUGGGGGCGGGAUCAAAGAUCUGCCCUAUAAUAUUGGGGAGCCAUAUUCCACAGCUUGGGGCGGAUGGGCUCAUUUCAGAGGCACUUCUAAGGAUGACAACUCUCCGGUUUCCAUUUUUUCGUAUACUGGCAGUAAUGCCCAAGAUGCCCGGCUGGCUGCCGCUCGAAAUGGAGCCAAACGACUCCGUGUUGUGCGUCAUCCGAACGUGCUGGCGUUCUUGCAUUCCACUGAAGUGGAGAAUAUUGAUGGGGGUGUUGCGAAACCAACAAUUUAUCUUGUAACAGAACCUGUCAUGCCUCUAUCCGAGAAAAUCCAAGAGUUAGACUUGCAAGGCACGCAGAGGAAUGAGUAUUAUGCAUGGGGACUAAAUCAAAUUGCAAGAGCAGUUAGCUUUCUCAAUAACGACUGCAAACUGGUGCACGGAAACGUCUGCUUGGCCUCUGUGGUUGUCACUGCUACGCUAGAUUGGAAGCUCCAUGGGCUCGAUGUGUUGUCUGAGUUUGAUGGUGCCAAUCCAGCAGCUACUGGCCCCAUGCUUCAAUAUGAUUGGCUUGUCGGCACUCAGUUUAAAUCAUUGGAGCUGGCAAAAAGUGACUGGACUACUAUACGUAAAUCUCCUCCUUGGGCACUUGAUUCAUGGGGCUUGGGAUGUCUUAUAUACGAACUUUUUUCCUCUGCCAAGCUUGCGAAAACAGAAGACCUACGGAAUACGUCUCAAAUACCUAAGACGUUGCUUCCAGACUAUCAAAAGCUUCUGGCUUCUGCUCCUGUGAAAAGAUUGAACUCAGCUAAAUUAUUAGAAAAUAGUGAGUUUUUCCACAAUAAGCUGGUGGAAACUAUACAAUUUAUGGAAAUUCUGAACUUAAAGGACAGUGUAGAGAAAGAUGUCUUCUUUCGCAAGCUUCCUACACUCGCAGAGCAACUACCUCGACCUAUUGUAACGAAAAAGUUGCUACCUUUACUUUCAUCCGCGCUGGAAUUUGGUUCUGCUGCAGCACCUGCCUUGAACCCUUUGCUGAAGAUAGGCUCAUGGUUAUCUCAAGAUGAGUUCAACGUGAAGGUUCUGCCGACUGUUAUCAAGCUGUUUGCAUCAACUGACAGAGCCAUUCGAGUUGGGUUACUUCAGCAUAUCGACAGUUUUGGAGCCGGUUUGUCGACUCAAGUAGUUGAUGAGCAGAUAUUUUCUCAUAUAGCGACGGGCUUUGCCGACACAUCUGCUUUUCUUAGAGAACUCACAUUGAAGUCAAUGCUUCUACUUGCUCCAAAGCUGAGUCAGCGUACUAUUACGGGCUCACUUCUGAAGCACCUUUCGAAACUGCAGGUAGAUGAAGAACCAGCAAUUCGAACUAAUACCACAAUCUUGCUGGGGAAUAUUGCUAGUCAUCUCAAUGAUGCGACAAGGAAGAGGGUGUUAAUCAAUGCGUUUACUGUGCGAGCCUUACGAGAUGGAUUUGCUCCUGCUAGAGUAGCUGGAAUAAUGGCUCUUAUGGCCACUGCUGAGUAUUAUGAUGCAACAGAAAUUGCAACUCGUAUUCUUCCACAUCUUGUAGUUCUUACAGUUGAUUCGGAUAGUGAUGUUCGAACAAGGGCAUUUCAGGCAACUGAGCAGUUUGUACAAUCUUUGAAAGAUUAUUAUUCCAAGCUGCAAUCAGGAGAUCCUACUGCUGUUGCUGCUCCAGCUGCAAAUGUAGCUUCGGCCGGUAGCUUAGGCUUACUAGGGUGGGCAGUGGGCUCUUUGGCUUCCAAAAAGAGUAACGACCUUUCAUCUGCCCCUGCUGAAAUUACUUCUGGCUCCACCAUCAUGACAGCCUCAGCUUCUCAAACUGCAGCUCCUCCAUCUAUUGCCACGCAUACGAGCGCUCAACCGCGAUUUCACGUAGAUGAGCCUGCCACUGCAUCCCCGACAUCAAACGAUGGGUGGGGAGACGCUCAGGACCAGGCUUUUGGGAACGACGACGAAGAUGAAAAGGAUGGGUGGGGAGACAUGGAUUUACCUGCAGAACCAGCACUGGCUUUGUCGAGAAUACGUGCAGCACAACAGAAGCCUGUCACAACACAGCCAAAGCCUGUUGCUACAUCAACAUCCUCUCCUGUGAAACACAUUUCAAGACCUGCCAUAGGAAGGGUUAAGGAAAGCAGUCCUAAAAGCUCGGAUGGGUGGGGAGAUGAUGACGAUCCAUGGGCAGCUAUCGCAGCACCUGCACCUUCGACAACAGCGCGUCCGUUGAAUCCCACUGCAUCCCGACCGAGUUCACUAGCUAACGGACCCAGACGUCAACCUCAACAAGCCCAACACGUAUCGAUUGAUGGCGCGUCCAGUAGAGGUCGCGGCAGAGCAGCGCCCAUGAAACUGGGCGCCUCUCGUAUCCAGCGAACUUCGGAUUAGCUCUUGGUUCCUUUUUCCUCCUGUCUAUACAUUCUGUAGGAUGAGACAAUUGUCUCUUGAUUGCGGAAUAAGGACUUCAACGUCUUCAUUCUUACUUGCUAUUCAGUUUCGCUUGUAUAUCGUUACAGCUUGUGACACUACUCAACUGCUUGCCCCUGAAAAACAGUUGUAUGAAAAAGUGAUUACUACUAAUGUAAGCUUUCUCGCUAUUUUACACUACAUGUUUUUUGCGGU